AUGAGCGGAGAAGGCGCUAAUAUCAACAGAAUCAGAAGUUUUGUGCUGCCACAGAAGAAUAUCAAGGUAUUCCAAUACUCUGCCACAAAGCAAAUUAGACUCGCGACGAAGAAGAACAAUUACUGGGUCAUUAAUCUUUUGUCGCCGAAGGCUUUAGUACCGAUUACCGAAACAUCAGCUCCGCCAUCAGCACGAAAUUUAAUCGGCGUACCGUUAACAGAAACAGUGACGAAUGUUCUCUCCUUAGUAAAGUCGACUUCACUGAGGGCGCGAUUAACGAGCACGGAAUGCAGACGUGGUUUGGACUUUGUCGAUCGGCAAACGGAUGCGAUGUGA